AUGGAGAUAAGUUGGUACUGGAGAGAUGUUUUUCGUGUUGUCUUUUUGUUACCUUCGUCUGAUGCGUUCACAGUGGUUUGGGUAUUAUUAAUGGCGUACCCUGUAGCUUCUGGUAUUUUUGGCUGCGUCAGUCGGCCAAAGUUUCAAGUUUUUUUUAAAAUAUUUGGAUACCAAACGGACAACGUAAGGUGGCUGGAGCAUAAACAAAAACACUCUAUUAUUCACAACGCUCUUUCUUUCGGUUUUCGAACCAACUGGAGGAUAACGAAUGCUGUACCGGUGACGCAGUGUCGCGGGCAAUGCAAUGGACCUAAAAAGCACUGA